AGCACCAUUAACAUGGAUUCUUUUCAAAACGUCAAAACUAGAACAUAACCAAACAUUACCGCCAUUUUCAUUACUAAAAGACUUAAAUUUAUUUCUACCAGUAUCAUCUCGAGUUUAUAUCAUUGAAAAAACUAAAAUACCCAACAUUUACUCGCAACUAACAGGAUAUAACAUAACUUCUGUUUAUAAAUUACCCCAUAUUGGUUAUAUAGUAAACUUAGUGGCUUACGUUAACCAGUAUAAGCAGUUUCUGAAUUUUACACAUUUGUCUGACGCAAGACACCGAAGAGACUUGCGCAAGGUGGUGAUGAAUUGUACGGCGGUGAUGACGUUUCCUACCACUAUUAAUCACCAACUAGAUGGGCGCGAGAAACACAUCGAUCCGGUGUUUAAGUUUGCUUACCCGCAAACUAUGCACAUGUUUGAUUUUGUGAAUGCCACGCCGAAUAUGUUCCACAGCAACACGUGGGGCUAUGGGCGGCCGGAUGGUACUUUUGAAAAGAGUAUGAUGAAAGACUAUCAGGAUGAGAUUAUUGAUAUUGCAGCCUCUGCUAUUUUUAUUUUGAGAAACCGCAUACCUUAUGUUAAUUUUUAUCAAAAAUUACCAACUGCUGCGGCAUUUACCUUUCGACCACCUCCUUUAUCUAGUGUUAAAAAUAUUUAUCUGCUUCCGUAUAAUCCGGAUGUAUGGAUGGCAUGCGCCGCCAUUUUGGUUAUCUUUUUUGUCACAUUUUAUAUAAUUACUUAUAUGGAGAAACGUAUGCCAGAAAUAAAACAAAAAAGUAAUACGAGUAUGACCGAUUUGGACAAUAGACUUGCUGAUUUAGUACACAUGGAUAUCAGUGUAAUGUGUCAGCAAGGGAUGGAAGCCGAACCGAGUAGUCUGGGUGGUCGUAUCGCCACUUAUAUAAUGUUGUUAUCCACGUUAUUUUUAUUCAUCGCUUAUUCAGCGAAUAUUUUAACAUUGAUGCAAUCGACGAGUGAUAAUAUAAACAACAUGGAGGCGUUGUAUAAUUCGAAAAUAAAGAUAGGGGUUGAAGAUGUGCCGUAUUCCAGGUUUUUAUUACGGGCAGCUGAUGAACCAAUAAUGCAGAAAAUCUAUCAAGAGAGAAUCGCACCUCCUGGUAAACCAUCGUCUUAUAUAAACCCCCUGGAAGGUGUGCGACGCAUACGUAGUGAAUUCUAUGCGUUUCAUGCCGAGACUACAGUGAUAUACAAAUUCAUCGAGCAAGAGUUUCUUGAGUCCGAAAAGUGUGGGCUUAGCGAAAUUGAGUAUUUUAAAGUAGCGCCAUGUACAACUUGUAGGAAAACUUCACCGUACAAAGAGAUUUUUGCGAAUGGGUCUGCUUACAUAAUUAAAUUUUACAAUGGUUUUAGUAUUAACUAAUUUGUAUUGUUUGUUUUAUUUAGUUAUCGGAAAUUUGAUGAGUUUGGGAUUGGUAAUCGUGAAUUUCGAAGAGUUUAUGUUCCGAAACCGAAAUGCACCGGAUCUGCAGUAAUUUUCGCGAGCGUAAGCAUGAUGGAUACUUAUGCAGCUUACCUUAUUUAUUUAGCUGGUGUGUUAUUGUGCUGGAUUGUCUUUGCGGGCGAACACUAUCACUGGCGACGGCUGCACGGAGACUGGUUUCUGCAA